UGUACAUCCGGGGACGUGGAGUCGAGCACGCGGGUCACGUGACCACUAUUAUUCCGCCAUCUUGUCGCCGAGGAGAGUAGAAACACAGCGAGCGCGGGCGGCUGCGAUUAUCCUUCCUGUUGGCGAUUAGCGCAGUGAAUUGAGUGACAGCGGAAAUGGCAGCAGAAACACAGACACUUAACUUUGGGCCUGAAUGGCUCCGUGCAUUGUCAAGUGGAGGAAGUAUUACCUCUCCACCCCUCUCACCAGCAUUUCCAAAGUAUAAGUUAGCGGAUUACCGUUAUGGAAGGGAAGAAAUGCUAGCACUUUAUAUAAAGGAUCUUAAGGUUCCUGUCGACCUAAAUGAUAAAGAGUUUCUUCCUAUUUUGCAAGAGGAGCCCCUGCCACCUUUAGCACUUGUACCUUUUACAGAAGAAGAACAGAGAAAUUUCUCCAUGUCUGUAAAUAGUGCAGCAGUCCUAAGAUUAAUGGGACGAGGUGGAGGAACAGUGGUAGGGGCGGCAAGAGGUAGAAGUUCCUCAAGAGGCAGAGGUCGCGGACGAGGUGAAGGUGGUUUUUACCAAAGAAGUUUUGAUGAAGGUGAAGUCGGGUUUGGUCGAGGGGUGCGAGAAAUGCACAGAUCGCAAAGUUGGGAAGAAAGAGGAGAACGACGGUUUGAAAAACCAGGGAGAAAAGACCCAGGAUUGAAUCAUCCGAAGGACCAACACUCCAACCUGGGUGUUCCAAAUGACUUCCUCUCUACAUCUGGGUUUCCUUUAAAAUCAGGCAAAAAGAUAGAGAUUGGCGAAUCAGUGUUCAAUACAUUCAGUUGCAGUUUGCCCAUGGAGAUAAAUAGAAAGAAGAAUUCAGUUGAGAUGAUAGCAGUGAGACCGACUUUUGAAGAAAUGGGAACAUCAACCACAAGAAAACACGAAUUUACGCGUUCUGAGAGUGAGAACUGGCGGGUUUGCAGAGAUGAACAGAAUGGUGAGGAUGAUGAUGGAGGUUGGCGUUUAGCAGGGCCUCGUCGAGAAGGUGAUAGAUGGCAACCUCAUAGUCCAGGUGUGAGAGCUGAACACGUUUCUUGGCCUGCUAACGGUUGGAGGGAAGCUAUGGAACGCAGGAGACGGUUUGAAUUUGAUUACCGAGAUCGAGAUGAUGAACGAAGUUAUAGACGAGUGCGUACUGGUAGCAAUAGUCUGGAUGAUGAAAAGGACAGUUUGCCAGAAUGGUGUCUUGAGGAUGCAGAGGAAGAGAUGGGAACAUUUGAUUCUUCAGGCGCAUUUAUGUCCUUAAAGAAGACUCCCAAAGAACCUAUUCCAGAGGAACAGGAAUUAGAUUUUAAGCAGAUAGAGGAUGGGGACGAAAGAUCAAACUCAGAGGAAAGUCAAAAAGAAGCUAAGGAACCUGACAAGAACACCAAAAAUGGGAGUAACGAAGAAACAUACAAAAUGGAAGAGUCCAAAGACAUUCCCCCUGCAACUUCGCCCACUCCUCCUUUGGUACCACAGAUACCGAAGGCUUCCAUCUCACCCCAAAAGGAAGAACACAAACCAGGAAAGAAUGAGGAUCCACAACAGAGCAGAUCUACCAGUGAAGUGACGGACCUAUCACACUCUUCAAAUCCAAAAUGUCCAACUCUGCCUAGUAAUGGCUCUCAUACUGCUGCUGAAAUAUCUUCAAUGUCUUCCUCAUCUACAACUCCAACCCUUGCAAACCGGAGCAUACCUCAUGACAAUGAUGAUGAUGAAGGGCUUAAACAUCUUGAGCAGGAAGCAGAGAAGAUGGUAGCUUCUUUGCAAGAUAAUGCCAUAGAUGAUGAUAGACUUUCAACACAAAUUCAGGAGCAAAGGACUAAAGCUGCUACUUUGCCACUGUCUCAUGAUGCUGCUAUGAAGUGGUUUUAUAAAGAUCCUCAAGGAGAAAUACAAGGGCCUUUCACUAAUCAAGAGAUGGCAGAAUGGUUCCAGGCAGGCUACUUCACAAUGUCAUUACUUGUAAAGAGAGGCUGUGAUGAGGGUUUCCAGCCAUUGGGUGAAGUUAUUAAGAUGUGGGGUCGAGUGCCUUUUGCUCCAGGACCCGCCCCUCCUCCAUUGCUGGGUGAUUUGGACCAGGAAAGACUAAAGAGGCAACAGGAACUGGCUACUUUGAACUUGUACCAGAUGCAGCAGAUUCAGUAUCAGCAGUUUCUGCAGGCACAGCUCAUGACCAGGCAGCAGUAUGCACAAGCAAUAGCACACCAUCAAAAGGCACCUGUGGGAGCUAUAACAUCACAGCAACAGCAACAGCAACAACAGCAGCAGCAACAGCAAUUAGCUGUCAUUCUGGAACAGUUUCAAGCUUUAAAAUUAAGAUCUUCAGAGCAAAAUCUGAUGCCCCCUGUAACAAGAUCAAUGACUGUACCUGACAGUACCUCAAUAUGGGAAUUGCAAACACCAUCACCUCAAGCCUCAGGUUGGGAUUGUGGCAGUGUGUGGGACUUGCCAGUAGAUUCUUCAGCUCAGAAUUCCUCUGUUGAUCAAAUCCAGCAGAUGGAGAGAGGAAAAGCUGCCAAGCUUGACCAAGAAAGGAGAGAAACAGAUAUUAGGGCAAAAAGGAAAGAAGAGGAAAGAAAACAAGAAGGAAUUUGUCGCCACCAAGAGGAGGUACUGCGGAGGCAAGAGGAGGAAAAGAACCGAAGGGAGGAAGAGCAGCUGAUGAGGAGGAAACAGGAAGACGCACUGCGACGUCAAAGAGAGCAUGAAGCAGCACUCCGCCGGCAAAUGGAAGAGGAAGAACGGCAACAACAAGAAGAAGCCCGACGGAGGCAUGAAGAAAGGCAAAGAGAAGACGAAGAGAGGCGACAGAGGGAAGAAUUGCUUCGAAAACAGGAAGAAGAACGGCGACGCAAAGAUGAAGAAACAGCACGGUGGAUGAUGGAGGAGGAACAGGCUCGGCAGCGGCGUGUUGAAGAAGAUAAUCGGCUAAAAUUGGAGGAAGAGAAUCGCCUUCGAUUGGAGGAAGAGGAGCAGAAAAGAAAAGAUCUGGAGCGUCAUAAAGAGCUGCAGAAGCAAGAAGCAAUGAGGCAGAGACAGCAGCAGCAGGAGGCAUUGCGACGUUUACAGCAACAGCAGCAGCAACAGCACUUGGCCCAAAUGAAGCUUCCUUCCUCUUCAACGUGGGGCCAGCAGUCAUCUUCAGUUUCAUCACAGCCCCAGGGUACACUAUCAUUAGCUGAAAUACAGAAAUUGGAGGAAGAAAGGGAGAGGCAACUACAGGAAGAGAGGCGGCAUCAGCAGGAGUUGAUGAAAGUUUUGCAACAACAGCAAAACCAGCAACAGAAACUGACAGGAUGGGGUAAUAUUCCUAAAGCUUCCGUUAACACCAAAUCACUUUUGGAAAUUCAGCAAGAGGAAUUCAGGCAAAUGCAGAAACAGCAGGAAAACAAAGCUCAGCCAAGGACAUCAGCAGCAAUGAAGCUUAACAUGUCUGGCAGCCAUGAAGAAUCAUCAUACAAAAACACCCCAGCAAUUAAAAGAGAGGAAUCAUCAAAUAAGAGAUUGGAGAGGAACCAGCAGUCCAGUUUAUCUGUUAACGCUACUUCUGUAUGGGGCUCAGUAAACACCAGUCCUACCAACCAGUGGGGAGCAGACAUAAGCAGUGUCUGGGGUGCUCCAGACAACAAGAACACAAAUGUUGGCUUCUGGGAUGAGGCUGUGAAAGAAGUGGGAAGCCAGAGUUCCAAAAGUAAUAAGAACAAUCCUAACCCUGGAAAGUCUCAUGGAGUUCAGAACAAACCAAAUAAAAAAGCUGAAGAGGAAGAAAAGCUAAUGAAGUUGUUUCAGGGUGCGAAUAAGGCACAAGAUGGAUUUACCUUAUGGUGUGAGCAGAUGUUGCAAGUUCUAAACACAGCUAAUAAUUUGGAUGUUCCUACAUUUGUCUCCUUUUUAAAGGAGGUUGAAUCUCCUUAUGAAGUCCAUGAUUAUAUCCGAGCUUACCUUGGUGAUACCCCAGAAACAAAGGAAUUCGGUAAACAAUUUCUUGGACGCCGUGCCAAACAGAAAACGACCCAACAACGACAGUUGCAGCAGCAGCAGGAUUUAGGAUGUUCUGAAAAUCAAACAGGUCUGCAGUCCAUCUAUCCAUCAAAUCACAGCAGAAAUCAGCAGCCAAAUUUUGAAUGUGUACAGUCUGGAAAGCGAAAGAAAAAACAGAAAAUGAUACGUGCUGAUCCCAGCAUCCUAGGUUUUUCUGUAAAUGCUUCUUCAGAGCGCUUGAACAUGGGAGAAAUUGAGACACUUGACGACAACUGAACACAAGCAAACUCUUUUAUUUAUUUUUAAAAAAAAAUGUUAAUCAUGAAUUCUGAAUGCAUCAACCAAUAUCAGUUAAUUAAUUAAAAAAAAAAAAAAUCUGUUACCUUGAGUUCAUGUCUGUCGUUAGUACUUCAACACACUUACUUGUUGUGGCCCCUUCAUUUGUAAUGCAAUCAUGUUUCAAGCACUAAGCAGCCACUACAAAGGGCUCUGCACCAACUCAUUUGUUUCUGAGCAUAGAAUCACUGGUUCUAUAGUGUAAUAUUAAUGGUGCAGCUCUAAACACUUUUUUUCCCUUAUCAGUUUAUUGUUGGAUUUUAUUCAGAAUACAUGAUUAACGGAUCGAUUCAAUGUUGGUCAUGUUAACAUCCAUUGUUUGGUUAAACAUUACAGAGCAAUCCUGGCAGUAAUGUAUCUAUCAGAUAAUUCUAUAAUACACAUGUUGAAGUGCUUGGUUUAGUACUGAGAUGUAUUAAAGAUGGUUUGGAUACUGUAAGGAUAUCCAUUCAGUAUUUGUGCGGAGUAACUAAUCUUUUCUUGCCCCUUUUGAGAAGAUAUACAAUUUUUUGGCCUUGUACAGUUUUUUGAAAUUAAUAUAUUUGCAAUACUCAAUACAAUAUAGCCGUCUCAAGAUAUGCAGCUAUAAAUCAAUAAUAAGUUGGUUAAAAUAUUUCUGAGUGUCCAGAAAUUGAGUUUUUCUUAGUUAUGCAGUUGCUGCAUGAAGGCUGCAAUGUGUAACUGGAGACAUGUAAGAAAUGUUACUUUACUGUUAAAACAUGCAUGGCAGGCCAGUGUCCAGUAAGGAGCUUUCUCUCAUAAAAAGAAGCUGUAUCCACUUCUUGUUCAGGUUGUAUUUUAAAAUUGUUCAAAAUUAAUUGUUUUACAGCAUCUUGGCCUAAUCAAAAUCUGUUUAUACAACAUGAAGAUGACUAUGGAAAAAAUGCUGCAGCUACUGUAUACCAUCAGUUAUAUUAUCAGUGCAACAUUGAGUUUGCAGCAUACUGUAUUUAGGUAUACAGAAGAUUCCCUUUGAAAGGGAACUUGGGUAAUUGACCCUUUGGUGACUGAAGGACUCUCUUAGUUUCUGAGAAACAUGUUUUGAAUCACUUUAAAAAAAAAAUAAGAUUCUGUACAAACGUAAUGCUAAAUAUUAGACUAACAGAGUUAUAUACACAGAACAUGUCUCUAGAGUGCAUUCUGAAUGAAAGAAAAUGCAGUGAAACUGACUUGCUGUCACUGCUUGCUUCAUGUCACUUUUCUAAAGCCAGUGCUUUAAAUGGUUUUCCAACACUUCAAAUUAAUUCAUUUGGAUUUUUUUUUUAAAGUAGACACAACCUAUCCUUUCACACAAUUGUCCACAGUAGCAAAGUUUCAAUUGGCAGGUGAAUGGUGUUAAGGGAGGGAUAGAUUUUAGGCGUAAACAAGGUCAUACCACCCUGGCACUACAUUAUAAGUCACCGCAUGCCACUUUUAGUUAUCCUUUCCAUGCUUUAUGCACCUGAACACUUUAUGGGCAUUUGUUCCAGUUAAAUACAAAUUAUCGGGAAGGGCAGCAAAUCAAACUUCAUAGCAAAAGCAAUGCAGCCUUAAUUUUGUUAAGGUGUUUUUUUACUUUUGUUAACUGCAGGUAUUUUGUCUGCUAAUAAAGUGACAGUAGCAAGAACCCUCUUCCAUUGUGUUGAGGCCAUGCUUAAAAUGUACUGGAAUAAAGGACCCCACUUGUUUAGCCAUAUUGGAGUUUGCACUAAGGAUUUCAUGUCCUUAAAUGCAUGAUUUAUUUAAAAAUUGAAAUUUAAAAACAUUGAAAACAUAUUCUGCACAAUAAAAUUUGUAUACAGGUU